GCGGCGCCACCAGUAUCAGGAGGGAGGCAGCUGUACGGGUAGUGCGGCAACGAGUUUCUCUGCGGCAAUAGUCGGACGGAAACAGCUGACUGAGUCCGGUCUGUACGGACCGCCCUGCGAGUGACUGAAACACAGCCGUUUGGGUCCGGUUUGGCGGUCGUCGUGACGUCGAAGCAAAUAACAAGCGCCUCGCCGCCAGCCACAAGGCUCGUCCACCGGAGCCGACAUGGGACCCCACAUGAUAGCGGUUGCUUUCGUCCUUUUCGUCACUCGCACAGGAGCUAGCGAAGCGUCACAAUCCAACGGUGCCGCUGAGCCUCCCAUGGCCACGACGGUAGUUCGUGAGCGAGGCAAGUUUGCCAUCACAUGCAAGGUGCCAAUGACUCAUGUGCCACUGUGGCUCAAGGACGGCGUACCUGUAGCUCAGAGCCAGGGCUACCACCUGCAACAGGACUACUCUUCCAACAAUGGCUCUGUUGGCCACAUCUUCAUGCGUCUCUCAGUUGAAAGGGCCCACCUUUCCCACGCGGGACACUACAAGUGCAGCAGCUUCAGCCCCCAUGCCCAUCGAAUCGUUGUGGUCGCUGUGAAUGCUAUCCAAACCAAUGAGGAAAUUCCAGGGAAAGGCAUAAUUCUCGACACAAAAUCGCAUACCCUAGCUUUACAGUGCAACUACACCGAUGACCCCAGCAAGGAAAUCCUUUGGUACAAGGAUGGUGCCAGGCUUUCGAGUGAAGAUAAGAAGUACAGCAUCAACAGCGAUUCCAACACCCUGGAGGUCAAUGAUCCAGGAUACCCAGACACUGGAAACUACACAUGCGUUGUUGUUGGCACUGAUGAGAAUGCCACAAUUGUUGUUCAGACCAACGUGUCCAUUGAGUACGCAGAAAGCUCCAAGAACCAAGUGGAAGGAGACCCACUCACCCUGUCUUGCAAGGCAUUUGGUGUACCAAUACCUGUUGUCACCUGGUUCAAGGAUGACGAACCUCUGAACAUCUCGGACCCACGCGUCACUCUGGAGCCGAUCAACAAUGUGUCCGAUGCCAAGCUUGUAAUUCAGGACCUCAACUUUGAUGACAGGGCCCAGUACACUUGUGUUGCCAGCAAUGGUAUCAGCAAUGAAACCAUGACAGUUUUGGUUCGUGUCAAGGACAAGUUGGCUGCUCUGUGGCCCUUCCUUGGCAUCUGUGUUGAGGUGGCUGUGCUAUGCGCCAUCAUCUUUAUCUACGAGAAGAAGCGUGUCAAGCCCGACUUCGAGGAGUCUGACACUGACCAGAAUCCUGAAAACAAAAACCUGUCAGAUCAGAAGGAAGGCCAGGACAUACGGCAAAGGAAGUGAACAGCCGGCGCAAAACAGCUGCAGGAUGGCUCAAGGAUGGCCGUUGGCCGGCUUUUCCUCUCUUCUGCCAGCAUCUCACCACCUUCUCUUUGUGGUCGCUGAUACAGCCAUCCCAGUCUUAUUCCCCAUCAUGAACCGCAACUGUUGCCUGCCUCUUGCUAGCAGGGCUUUGUUUGCAAAAAGUGACAAACAGCUGAUUGUGGAAAGGUAGCCGACAAGCUGUCAGAACAUUUAUGGAAGCUUCCACAGCAAAAGCCAGCAGAUGAUGGCAUUACCACCUCCUCUUUGUUGGCAAGUCCUCAAUAGCACAUAAGGAAAUAACUUUAUUAGUGUAUGAGAGCCCCUACCCUGCUAAAGCACCGUGCUUAGUGUGAUAGCGCCGAAACCGACCACCUUCUUAUUCAUUGCCCCCCAUCUGGCUAUGCAACUGCCGAAACCUGCUCUUGCAUAUUAAGGUUUUUCAAAUAUGCACCAUUAACGCAUUUCAUUCCUGUCUGUGAAGCGCAAGGAAGACUUGGCCACAGCCAGGGUAAAGAACAAGUUCUGUUCAGUCUAUGUAGCAACCCUUUCAUCUGUGGCCCCCGUGUUGCCCUCGCGUGCUUCACUGUAUUUUAUUAGUUAUUUCUUCUGUUACCUUUUAGCAAUUUGUUAAUUGGACCGUGAGGCUCGCUGGUACCAAGUCACUGGCCCAAACAGUCAUAUAGAUAUUUCUUUUCUGUCUAUAAAGAAAAAUAUAUAUACAUAUAUAGGAUAUUAGCAGUUGGCUGCUGUUCGGCAGCACCCUCGGUGAUUUUUCACUUUGCUGUUAUGAAAGGCAAAGCCUUUCUUCCGUUGACAUGUUCACAACACGUGGCUGCUUUCUAGUUCAUGCUAAUCAAGGCAAGGCAUUCUCUUCUUCGCAUUCUCUUUAUUUUAAAUUACACUUUGAUAAGUGUUUCGUAGAACAUAGCAUACACUACACAUGACAUAAACAGUUUUUUUUACUGUACAUAUGCAUACUAUCCACCAGUGCCCAUUUCUCUACGUUAUAUAGUUCUCUAAAAGAAGUGCAAUUAUCUUUGUUAUUAUGUGAAGGUACAUUUGAAUAAAAACGUUUCAUAAAAUGCCUG